AUGCCACCGCCCUCGCGUACAACCAUGGACAAGGAGAAGAACAAGCAAGAUGACAGUCUAGGCGUCCAGCAGCAGCAACCGAUUGGUCACAACCUCACCUGGCAGGCCAGUGCGCAGCACCAGCAGCAGUACGCGGCACAGGGUCCUCCGCCACCAUACGCUCUACAGGUCCCUCCGCAUUACUGCCACCAGCAGCACCAGACAUAUCAACCGAUGAUGUAUGGCAGGCCCGGCUAUGGCCAGCCAACGCAGGCCCCGUCUACCUCGGCCACUCCAGGCUACUUCUCAACCGCUCGCAUAGCACCUGGCACCCACUGUUACGGCGACGAGAUGAGCAAGAUGUUUCGGGCUGGCGAGCAGCUCGCGAAAGAGGGCGACUUCAUAUACGUCGCACCGUUCAUCGAGUCAAGUGAUGACGGCGCCUGUUCAAGAUGCAAAUACAGCGGCAAGCGCUGCUGCUCCCACGUUGCCAAGUCGACGACACCCGGCAGAAAGCGCCGGGCCGCUGAGACGAUGCUCGGUCCUUCACGGCGCAUAUUCCCUUCUCCCGUGCCAGCGCCGCCCGCCGCCCCCGUGUCCGGCAGCAGCCCCCUCCACACUUCUGACGCCAGGGCGAGUCUUGAGACGGUCAGGAUGCUGGCGACCGGCAUGGCAGCCAAGCUGGCUGAGCUCGAGCGCGGCCAGAAGCGUCACUUCGACGCCAUCAUGGAAGACCGACGAGCCAUCGCCACCUUCAUCGAAGAACAGCGGGCAAUCGCCAUCAAGCUCGACUCGAUCGGGCAGCAAGUCGGGGACGUCCUCACCCAGGUCGUCGGUUGGGAGUCGAGGAAGAACAAGAAGAAGUCGGCAGAGGAGGAGGAGGAGAAGGAGGAUGAGGAGGGGGUCCGCAACGCUCUGGGCGCCAUUGCCGCCGAGCUAAAGGCAUUGCGCAGCGACAUUGCUGGAUUGCAAGUCCACGGACGGCCCACCACGCCGGGACUUGGCGGGCUUGCAUCCAUGUUGCCGCCGACGCCGGUCCAGCAGCAACAACCCUUCGGCGUCCCGCAUGGACUGCCUUAG